AUGAAAUGAAAUAAUUGCUUGAUAAACAGUGGUGAACUGACAGUUAACGUUUGCUUAUGUAUUCAUGAUGAAUAGACAGCUGUUUGUAAGGUAUUGUCUAUGGAUAUAAUCAAGUAAUAAUUCGUUCCCAUGCCUUUCUUAUACAAUGGCGUCACACGAUUACGAGGAACCGUCUCCAACUCACAAUGAUUUGCACGAGUAUUUAGAGAUUGUUGAGUGGGGUAACAGAAAUGCACGUACCCCUCAAAUAUCAACGAGGAUGUAUGGCACUUCGACUUCUCCUGAAAAGAAGAAUAAAUCAAAGAAACUGUUCCUCUGUUUUAUGCUUGGUUGUGUUACCUCGGCAAUACUAGUAGUCCCUCUUAUAAUAGUAUUUCGACAGUCUACAACAUUAACUGAAAAGGAAAAUGAUAAAUGUACAACAGAAACACCCUGCAUCAACAACGGACAUUGUGUGACGUACAACAACACCGUAUUGUGUAUUUGUCCAGCAGGAUAUAUUGGAAAUCAAUGUGAAAUUAAAGACCUAUGUAUAAUAUCUGGUAAUUGUCAUAAUGAGGGUACGUGUAUAACUACAAGACACUCAUCUUACUGUAUAUGUGCUGAGGGAUUUCUUGGAAAGAAUUGUAAAUAUAGAGGUUUACAGGGUUACCAGUUUUUCGUCGCUUUCAAUCCAAAGUACAGAAAUAUUACUCUUCAUAUGUCGUCUCAGAAAAGUGGACGUUGUGACCUUAUCUUACCGUCUGUAAAACGAUAUAAAACUAUAACAUUAAGAGGAAAUUAUACAUCCUUUGAUUUAUCAAAGUAUGACAAUCUUGGCAUUGGGAAAAUAAACGGUGAUGCACAUAUACGAGUUGUGUGUGAAGUAUUUAUUUACCUAUUCUAUUUUCUAACAGAUGAAUAUGGUGCAAUCUGGAAGUCAUUCCAUGGUAUUCCAUCUAAAGGAUUGUCAAAUGAAUAUGUGAUUCCACAGUUUAAACCUCAUCAAAAGUUUGACGCACUUAGCGUCGUUGCCUUUGAAGAAAAUACGACAGUGACUGUUAAUUUUAAGACGGCGAGAUGGGUGUUGAGUAAUAUAACAUUCAAUGAAAGUAUUUUUGACGACAAUAAAUUGACAUUUAAUGCAGCUCAAUAUGAAUACAGUUAUAUAAGCUGUGAACAAUGUCAUCUCACAGGAACAUUUGUGAACGGCACUAGACCAUUUGCAUUGUUUUUCAAAACGUACAUUCCAGAGGUCAUUCCUGUGCUACCUUUAGACGAUUUCAGUAAAGUGUUUAUUGUGCCGCAGUUGUCAAGCCUAAUUAAAAACCAAGGACUCAGAAUAUUCUCUAAGUACAAGACAAAGGUAGAGUUUAAAGACACUAAUGAUACAAUAUCCACUUCAAUAUUAGAUGUGAACAACUACCUGACAACUAAUCACAAACAUACAACGGUUGUAUCGUCGAAAGAAGAGAUUAUUCUGUUUAUGAAGGCGUAUAGUCCCCACACAGGAACAAUUGAUAAUGUUGUACCUGGUGUAAAUCAGUAUCUACCAUACUAUGAGUUUGUUGUUCCUGGAAAUACUGGUGAAAAUUUUGCCACUUUCAUACUUCCGUCAGAAGAGGUACCUGGUAUUCGUUUAAACAACCGUCAGUUCGAACUUUCACAAACUAGUAUAAUAAAUGUUCGCGUAUUUGAUACAGUAUACUCUAUUUUCUUAAUAUCGAUCAAAGAAGGAUGGCAUAUUGCUAAACAUGAAAACUAUGUGAAGUUUGGACUUUUGAUCCAAGGGAUUUCGAAUUAUCAGGAUAAAAGAAUUUCUAGUCCUUAUCUGUAUUUUGCUGGAAGAAAUUUAACAGUUGCCACUAAUAGAAAUAAUUGAGAUACCGAAGAAAUGUU